UACUGAGCAGGUUUUGUUUUCAAUACUACAAUGUUCAAUCUGCAAUCAACGUCUUGUCUUUAGUCUUCCAGAGACAUCGGUGGCAUCGUAUGCCAAGUGGCUUAGUUUGUUGCAUUUUUCUAUACAUUAAAAAUCGUCUUUCUGAAGUUCGACUCGUGAAAAGCGUGAAAAGUUUUAAGGAAGUGGCAAUGCAGGGCCGUAGGCAUAAAUUUUGUACGAAACUCUAUAGUACUUAUUUACGAAAAUGGUGGAUUACGAUAGCAAUCGCAAUAUGCCUUCUUAUUCUUGGAAUUCUAGUUACUUGUGAAUUUACAGCGUUAAUCAAUUUAGUAAUAAACUAUCAAGUUGCACUUCGGCCAGGAAGUCAAACAUUUGGAUGGUGGGCUAAGCCGCCUGUCGAACCGAAAAUUUCUGUUUACGUUUAUAAUGUCACAAAUGCAAACGAGUUUCUGAAUAACGCUUCCAAGCCUAUUCUCGAUGAAGUAGGGCCAUAUGUUUACACAGAGUCGUGGGAGAAGGUCAAUAUUGUUGAAAAUGAAAACGGCACAUUGAGUUAUAAUUUGAAAAAAGUUUACAUUUUCCGAGAAGAUUUGUCAGUUGGAAUGGAGGAUGAUGUCGUAAUUGUUCCUAAUAUUCCGAUGUUAAGUGCAACGUCUCAAAGCAAACACGCAGCUAGAUUUUUGCGACUUGCCAUGGCCAGUAUAAUGGAUAUUUUAAAAAUAAAACCAUUUGUUCAAGUCUCUGUUGGUCAGCUACUAUGGGGCUACGAGGAUCCACUUCUUAAAUUAGCUAAGGACGUUGUACCCAAGGAGCAAAAGUUGCCAUAUGAAGAAUUUGGAUUGAUGUACGGUAAAAAUGGAACGUCUACAGAUCGUAUUACUAUUUUCACAGGAGUGGAUGACAUAACACAGUAUGGAAUAAUCGAUAAAUAUAAUGGAAGAUCUUAUCUACCUCACUGGUUAAGUGAUGACUGCAAUAGAUUAAAUGGCACAGAUGGUUCGAUAUUCCCACCACAUAUUGAUAAGAACCGUGUUCUCUUUGUAUACGAUAAAGAUUUGUGCAGACUUUUACCACUUGUAUAUGAAGAAGAAGUAAAAAUCAAGGAAAGCAUCGUCGGUUAUAGGUUCACACCGCCAGAAAAUGUAUUUUCAGAUGUUGAAAAGAAUCCUGAAAAUAUGUGUUUCUGUCCAGCAGGAGUACCUUCCUGUUCACCAAAUGGGCUAUUCAAUGUUUCACUUUGUCAAUAUGAUUCACCAAUUAUGCUGAGUUUUCCCCAUUUUUAUUUGGGUGAUGAUAGUUUUCUCGCUGCAGUGGAAGGUAUUUCACCACCCGAUAAGGAGAAGCAUAAAUUCUUCAUUGAUGUUCAUCCGACGAUGGGGACUACCUUAAGAGCUCGUGCGCGAGUCCAAAUCAAUUUAGCUGUCAGUCAAGUUUUCGAUAUAAAACAAGUGGCUAAUUUUCCUGACAUUGUCUUUCCCAUUUUGUGGUUUGAGGAAGGUAUAGACGAAUUACCGGAUGAGAUAACAGAUUUGAUGAGUUUCGCCGCCACUGUGCCGCCAAAAGCACGUUUGGGUAUUAUAAUUGCCCUAUUCGCAUUGGGUGCAUGUCUUUUCUUGCUUGCUUUAUUUUGCUUAAUAAGAAGCUCCAAUAGACAAAGCACUCUUCACUUGGAAGGUUCUAAUUAUUUAGCAACGGCACAAUUCGAUUUGACGAAAAAGAAAGCUAAAGAGUCAAAAUAAGUAUAUUCUGUACUAUGGAUAUAUAAAAUUAUUAUUAAAGACAUAAAUAAGGAGGCGGGAUAUGUAAUUUACUUGAAUAAUUCAAGUUAAUAUUGCAUAGUUUUUACAUUAAUUAAUCUAUGUAUAUAUUUGCAUAUGUGAUUACAUACACAAAUGUAUUCGCGUACUAUUGAUAUUGCAUAUAACUUUGUUUCUCUAAUGUAAAUUUUUUUGCUUAUAAAAUAUUAUAUUUAGCUUGGUAAUGUUUUAUUAUAAAAGUAUUGAGUAGACAACAAUAAGAAAUUCUUGGCUUUAAAGAUUUUGUAUCGAUUUACUUCACUUCGUGGCCGUAUAUAUGCCAAUUGAAUACAAAAAUACAAAUAUGUAUAUAUAGUAUAUUCUCAAUAUAAAACAAUAAAUAGUAAAUACACUUUUUUUAUUUUUUACUAAAUUUUAUUAACAGAUUCUCUUCAAAAUAUAUAAUACCAUAAUAUAACAGUUAUACACAGUAUAUGGGCAUGCCCAUUUCACUGUGAUAUUCAAGACUGAAUAGGAAAAGUGUUUCUUUUUGUCAUAACAAUGCUUUGUAAUAAACUACCAAUAUAGGGAGGAAGUAUUUUUAAUAUAGUAAUUUAUAAUACAUUUAUUGAAACAUAUCAAAUAUGCUUGUAUAUAUCGAUUCUUUACCUGUGCAUAAAUAAAGUCUAAAACACAAAAUUUUUUCACAACAUUUUUGUAUGAAUGAAUUUUGAUAUUGCCACUGCAUACUAAAAUAUGAACACAAAUCCAACCACCCCUCACUUUAAAUUAUAAAUACAAAUACAUACGUAUAAUUCGAUACGAAAAUAUGUUUAAAUUCAAUUUAAAUGUUUUUAAUGUUUUGAAAAGAUGCCUUUGGUAUUAUCCGAAAAGGCUAGACGUAUGUUGUUCUUCUAGUUACGUUUCUAAUUUCCUAUUCGAAUAUACAAAUACAUAUAUACAUGAUUUAUUUUUUAAUCAACUUAAAUUAGCUUAAAAUAAUUUCAUCAAAACUUUGUGUAUAAUAUCUUAUCUAUUUAUGCAUAUAUUUCUUCCCAUCAAAGCCAAUAUACCGAAUUUCUAUAACAAAUUUGAGAAUUAUAAAUUGUAUACAAAAAUAUAUGUAUAUAUGUGUAAGUCUAAAUUCUUUAUAAUACUGAAAGAAAUUCUAUAACUUAAAAGUAAAAAAAAAAAACAUUAAAAAUGUACACAUAUAUACAGGUAUAUAUGAAUUAUAUAUAUAUAUAUAUAUGUAUGUAUAUGUUAAAAUAUUGUUAUACUGAAAAUAUAAUGUGGGUAUAAUGAUCUUUAUAUUUGUAAUAAAUGUUAUUCGUUUGUAUAGAACAAGGUAUUCUUAAAUCUUUUUAGUAUAAUUUUGAUUUGGGAUUAUGUUUUGUGUUUAAUUAUAAUAAAUGUUGUUUAACUUAUUUUAUAUUGCGCUUUUUUCUUUAGACAAAAAUAUACAAUGACUAAUUGGACUGCGUCAGUUAAGUCAAAUAUAAAAAAUGUCGUCAGAUUUAACAUGCGAAAGUGUCGAAAUAUUUUCAAUCUCUACCUCACGGUGGAAGGUGAAUAUGAGUAAUAAGUUUUGUGGGCGAGGUCUUGAUUCCAACAAUUUACUAAAGCAGCUCUGUAAUUUAUUUGAUUAAAGGAUAUUUAAAGUAUGAAUAAAAAAUUAAUAUUUACGGGAGAUAUUGCAUUCCGUAAUUCUUGCCCUUUUAUAUUUUCCUGACUUUCAUUGUCUGGACAGCGGUUGCCGAUAUGGUUACUUACGUAUGGUGCCGUGUGUUGUCUUGUUAUACUAUUUAAUUUAUUAUUUUAAGUACAUUAAUGUUUAUACUCUCGCAACAAAAGUUGCUAAAGAGAGUAUUAUAGUUUUGUUCAAAUAACGGUUGUUUGUAACACCCAAAACUAAACGAGUUAGAUAUAGGGUUAUAUAUACCAAAGUGAUCAGGGUGAGGAGUGGAGUUCAAAUCCGAAUGUCUGUCUGUCCGUCCGUCCGUCCGUCUGUGCAAGCUGUAACUUGAGUAAAAAUUAAGCUAUCUUGAUGAAACUUGGCACACUUAUUUCUUGGCACCAUAGGAAGGUUGCUUUCGAAAAUGAGCAAGUCUAAUUGAACUUUGUCUUCCAGAGUGCUCAAUGCUAUCUGUAUAUAUUAUUGCUUUUUGUAUACUUUGGUAGUUCGCCAAUAGAGCUUCACAGGCCUUCUCUAUGCCCAGUACUUCCGCUUUGAAGAUGCUAGCCAAGUUCGGUAGACGGAAGGAGCGAGAAAUGUGAAGAUCAUCGGAGUAUACACCUGUGCCUACUCCGCUACUUCUUCCCUUAUUAGGCCUCUUCUCCACUCUCGUCUAGAGGGUAUCCUCACCUGGAAUUCAUUAUUGAAAUCUAACUUUGGGAUAAUGUAAUCUGAUUUAAUGGCAUUUACUUUAACUCUGUUCAGAAUGUCGCUAUGUCCAUAGUUUUUCUAAUUCCAUCCACCUAACUCCUUAAUUCUUAUAGCAGAGCAUGCAGCUAUUUUAUGUAUGUGGAUGUCUAUGGGUAGUUGGCAUAGAAGCACAUUAAGUGCCCCGGUCGGGCAGGACCUUAUAGAACCUGUGACUCCUACGUAGGCUGCUCUUUGUAGUCCAUUUAAUUUCCUGAUAUUAUAUUGUUUCUUUAACGCAGGCCUUCAAACCAAAGCUCCAUAUGUAAGUAUUGGUCUGAUGACAGCAGUGUACAUCCACAUGAUUAUAUUUGGCCUAAGGCCCCAGUUCCUGCUGACGAUUCUCUUGCAGGUGUAGUAGGCCAUAUAUGCUUUCUUUGUUCUUUUUUCUAUGUUCAUUUUCCAGUUCACUUUGGUGUCAAUAUCAAUCCCUAAGUAUUUUGCUCUAGGUGACAGAGAGAGAGGGGUACCAUUGAGCGCCGGAAGAUGAAAUUGGGGUAUUUUAGUUCUGCUUGUUUUAUUACGGUUAACGCCUAGUCCGUUAUUCAUGGCCCAUAGGUUUAACCCUCUCAAGGCUCUUUCCAUAAUCUCGCUAACUGUUGAAGGAAACAUGUCUGAUACCAUCAGCACUAUGUCGUCCGCGUAUGCUACUGUUUUUACACCUCCUUCGUUGAGUUGGAGUAGUACUUUGUUCAACGCUACCACCCAUAAGAUUGGGGAGAGGACCCCUCCGCCUGCUUACAUAACUCUUUCGUGUUGCAGCGCCGUUUGAAGCUAUUAUCCUUCUAUUAAUAAGCAUCGACUGUAUCCAUCUGCACACCAUAUCGUUUAUGCCACCAUGUGUCAGUGAAUUAAUGAUUGUGCUUAUUUCUAUAUUAUUAAAGACUACUCCUAUUCGAAUAUACAAAUACAUAUAUACAUGAUUUAUUUUUUAAUCAACUUAAAUUAGCUUAAAAUAAUUUCAUCAAAACUUUGUGUAUAAUAUCUUAUCUAUUUAUGCAUAUAUUUCUUCCCAUCAAAGCCAAUAUACCGAAUUUCUAUAACAAAUUUGAGAAUUAUAAAUUGUAUACAAAAAUAUAUGUAUAUAUGUGUAAGUCUAAAUUCUUUAUAAUACUGAAAGAAAUUCUAUAACUUAAAAGUAAAAAAAAAAAACAUUAAAAAUGUACACAUAUAUACAGGUAUAUAUGAAUUAUAUAUAUAUAUAUAUAUGUAUGUAUAUGUUAAAAUAUUGUUAUACUGAAAAUAUAAUGUGGGUAUAAUGAUCUUUAUAUUUGUAAUAAAUGUUAUUCGUUUGUAUAGAACAAGGUAUUCUUAAAUCUUUUUAGUAUAAUUUUGAUUUGGGAUUAUGUUUUGUGUUUAAUUAUAAUAAAUGUUGUUUAACUUAUUUUA